AUGCAGUCGGGAAUCUCAGUCUCCCCAGAGCUCCAGGAUGCCUUCACCUCCUUCAGCGGCAACUCCUCGAGCUUCUGUCUCCCGGUGACCAUCACCGGAGAGAGCUUGACGCCCCUCAGUCCGCUAUCGUUUUCCGGCUCUCCUUCUAGUCCGGAAUCCUUUUUCUCCUCGCUGUCCCAGAUCUCCUCUAUCCUGCAGCCCAAGACACCAAUCUACCUCCUGCUCCGCCGCCCAACCUCCGCCGCCUCGAACCUGAUCGCUCUGACCUACAUCCCCUCCAAUGCGCCCGUUCGGCCUAAGAUGCUCUUCGCCUCGACUCGCUCAACCCUGACCCGCGAGCUCGGCACAGAGAAGUUUGCUUCCACCGUCUUCGCUACCGAGGAAGAGGAGAUCGUGAGCCCGGAUGCGUGGCGUGAGCGGGAUGGCGAGAACAGCCCUGCUCGUCGGGAGGAACUCAUGGGCGAGAAGGAGCGCGAGCUUGAAGCUGUGCGUAGGGCCGAGGCCGAGGCGAGGAGCGGCACCCUCCAGCGGGAUAUUGGUAUUGGAGGUACCUUUGGGCCGGGAUCUGGGUCUGGCAUGAGGGUUUCCAUGCCCGUUGACGAUGCGGCCAAGUCGGCUUUGAAAGAGCUACAAGACGGUGGCCUGGUGCAACUGACGAUUGAUAUUUCCACCGAGAAGAUUAUUCUCGCCGACAGCCAGUCUGGUGUUGACGCCGGCGCUGUUGCCACUCACAUCUCCUCGACCUCCCCCGGUACUCCUUCUACCACUACCCUGGCUCGGAUGUCGUUGUCUUCGUGUACACCUGCCCCACUGGAUCUUCGAUUAAGGAGCGCAUGCUGCACGCUAGCUCGCGUAGGAACGCUAUUGCGGUUGCCGAAGAAGAGGAUCGAGGCUUCAGGGCCGGAUGAAAUCACUGGAGAUCGACUGCAAGAAGAAGUCCAUCCGUCACAGAACACGGGUAUUGCGCGAGGAUUCGCUCGUCCUCGUCGCCCCGGCCGGUAA